GAGUAUAAAGAGAGUGACCGGAUAGUGUGAGUGUGACUAGUCUCUACUAAUCUGAUAAAGAGUCGUCUGCACUCUUUUCUCCUCGUGGCUGUCGUUAACUCGUGUCAAUCUCUUUUGAAGUUUGUGAGAGUUGAAGCUUAUUAAUAAGUUGAAAAGGAUGCCUCCUAAAAAACAGAAACAUAAGAAAAGGAAGAAUAAGCCUAAGAAAAACUGGGAGGAACCAGAAGAAAUCAAACGGGCUCCCCACUCGAUUGUUAUUUUCCGUGGAAAUGUCGGAAAAUACAUUGAAACACUAAUGAAGGAUUUCCGACGAGUAAUGGAGCCUAAUACAGCAUCAAGCUUGAAAGCUACUGAAAAGAAUUCCAUCAAAGAUUUUGUGUCGAUUGCUGGCCCCCUUCACGUGACUCAUUUGGUGAUGUUUUCUCGUUCUGAACUCAGUCCUUUCCUUAGGAUCUGUCGUCUUCCUCAUGGACCUACAUUGACUUUCAAGAUUUUGGAAUACAGCUUAUCCAAAGAUAUUGUUUCAAUUCAGAAAAGACAAAAUACUUAUGACAAACAGUAUCUCACCCAUCCACUUGUUGUGUUAAAUAACUUUGCUGGUGAAGAACUCAAAUUGAAGUUGAUGACAUCCAUGUUUCAAAACAUGUUUCCUUCAAUCAAUGUCGCUAAAGUGAAACUGAACACAAUUCGUCGUUGUGUUCUGUUACAUUAUUAUCCAGAAGAUGGUAGUGUGGAAUUUCGUCAUUAUUCAAUCAAGGCUGUACCUGUUGGUGUUUCAAAAGCUGUGAAAAAGCUUGUUUCAAGCAAAGUUCCCAAUCUGGGAAAAUUGAGCGACAUUUCCGAGUUUAUCGAAAAAUCAGGUCAAUAUUCAGAGAGUGAAGCUGAAGAUGAUCCUGCAAGUAAUGUCACUCUUCCACAAAAUUUAGCUGGUAGAGGAUCAAAAGCUGGAGCGAAAUCUGCUGUUCGAAUGAUUGAACUUGGUCCCAGGAUUCGUAUGGAAUUGAUAAAAAUCGAAGAAGGUAUAGUUGAUGGAGAAGUCCUUUACCAUCAAUUCAUUCAGAAGACAGAAGAAGAAAAGAAAAUAAUUCGACAACGAAGAGAAACCAGGCGGAAAAACGACGAAAAAGUACGAAAAAUUCAAGAAGCGCAACGGAAAAAGAAGGAAGAAGUAAAAGAACAGCACAGGGAGAAGUCGAUGGAAGGUAUGAAGCGAAAACAAGACAAAGAAGCUCUGGGAAAGUUUGCUGAAAACGAAGAAGAAGCCGCUGAAGACGAUGACGCAGAAUAUUAUCGAAGUGAAGUCGGACAGGAACCAGAGAAAGAUCUGUUUACUGCACGUGCAAGAAGUACCAAAUCAUCUCUAUCUGGACCAGCAGCUAAGAGGGCUAAAAUCGAGAAAAAGAAGAUGUUGGAAAGAAAUAACAAAGGCAAUGGAAGUAAAACUGGUUCAAGAGGAAAAGACUCGGGUGAUUCCAGACAAAAAAAUUUCAAAUCUGGACGUACUCCGAAAUCAGGUGGUAAAUUGGGUUUCAAAGGGGCAUCGAAAAUACAACGGAAACGGUAGUGUUCAUGCCUUACGAUGUAAACUCGUGAAUUUGAAUACAAAAAAUUUUAAUUGCG